AUGCGAACCUUAGCCCAUCAACUAGUUAGAGAAAUUUGGGAAAAUGUUCAAAAGUUGCCAUCGGAGCAGUUUCAGAAAUAUUCCUCUACAAUUUUUCUUGCUGCAAAGUUGGGGAAUGUUGAAUUUAUAACUAUACUUCUAGAGUCUAAUCCUGACCUCAUAUGGAUGGUUGAUAAAAAGAAGCGAAAUAUAUUUCACAUUUCUAUUCGAUAUCGGCAAGAGAGUAUAUUCAUCCUAAUACAUGAGAUAGGCGUUUUUAAGGAUAUGAUUGCAACAAAUUGUGACAUAAAGAGCAACAACCUGCUGCACUUGGCUGGAAAAUUGGUUGAUGUGGAUAGACUAAAUAUUGUAUCAGGUGCAACCCUUCAUAUGCAACGGGAGCUAUUAUGGUUUAAGGAGGUUGAAAAGAUUGUACCCCUUGCAUUCUUGAAGGCGAAGAAUUACAGAGGAAAAACACCCAAGGAUUUAUUUAAAAAAACACAUGAAAAGUUACGUAAAGAUGGUGAAAAGUGGAUGAGGGGCACGGCAAGGCAUUGCAUGCUUGUUUCAACGCUGAUUGCCACUGUGGUUUUCGCUGCAACCUUCACUGUACCAGGUAGUAAUGAUCAACAAAAGGGAACUCCUAUCCUUUUGAAACAUGAUUGGUUUUUGGUAUUCUUCAUAUCAGAUUCAAUAGCAUUGUUAUCCUCUUCAACUUCGAUAUUAAUUUUCUUGUCAAUUCUCACAUCUCGUUACACAAAAAGGGAUUUUGUCAGUUCAAUACCUAAAAGGUUAAUGUUUGGACUAACUGCGCUCUUCAUCUCCAUAGUAGGCAUGGUUGUUGCGUUUGGUGCAACUUGCUUUUUGGUCUACCAACGCAAAGGGACAAGUGUUCCGAUUGUUAUAAAUGCUUUAGCUUGUGUUCCAAUUUGCUCUUAUAUUCUACUACAUUAUAAACUUUUGGUCGAUAUAAUUAACUCAACAUACUUGUCUAGAUUUCUUUUUCGAUCCCGUAAACGUAUGUUUUGUUAG